AAAAAACGUGCCGAUUGACCAGGCUUAUGAAUGCACGUGGAGCGAAUCGGAUCAAGACCAAGGUCAUUGUUAGCGAAAAUGAAAAAAAGGUAUCUGCUCAUUAACUUGAGUUUGUUUGGAGGUACUUCAUUGAUUUUGUUUAAAUUUUAAACUUAAGUUUUGAUAAGCGUUGCAAAUAAGGGCCAAUUUGAUGAGAGUCAAUAUAUCAGUAACUUAAAUAUCAAUAUCUUAUAUAACUUACAUGCAAACCUAGCUUUACAAUUAAGUAAAUAAAAAGAAAAUUAAUAAGAGAAACGUUGAAAUCAUGGUUUCGUGGCAUUUCUAUGUUUCUUGUGUAGGAUCUAAAAGAUUAUACCAACAAUCCGUUUCUACAAAACCUUAAUUUACGCCAAAUAAAAGAAAUGCUUUAAUUGAUGUUAUAAAAUCGUUCUAGUUACUUUCAAGAUAGUACAUAAGUUAUCAUGACGUAUCUAUUGAUCGUUGGCUCAGUCCCCAGAUGCAUUAUGAUGGACUUUAUACUAAAUAGUGCUGGGUUCUUAAUCUGGUAAAAAGGAAGGAAUUCAUCCUGCAGAUUUACACAUUUAGUGUUUCGUUUUAUUAUUUCUGGAUUUAAAUUAUUCCUCUAUUUGUAAUAUGUCCAUCAACAAGACAUCGACAACAUUUGGAAAAUUCCUUUUGUACACACUUCGUGAUUUGCCCAUCUUUAUUUGUAUGUCGACAAACGAAUUCAAGAUUACUGUAUGAAACAAACACGUUUAAACAUCAACUUAAUGUUUGCUUUUAUUGAAAUGCAUUAAACGACUGAUCGAUGAAGCUAUUUUAUUGAACAAAAGCAACGAUAGCAACAAUCAUGGCUGACAGACUAGAUGAAAAGCUCAAAAGAAAAUAAUAAUAUACUCAUAGAAAAAAUAUUCGUGUGUUGUUUAGGAAUGAAACUGAAAUGUUCGAAAUUAAUAUGUAUAUGGAAUGUUAUUAAUUUUUAGUUCUUAUUGAGUUGAUUACUGGUCUUCCACCGUACACAAAAUGGGAACUGCGGAACUGCAGCGAAUAUAAAAUAGUCAAAUUACGUCAGGAAAAUGUUUGGAUGCAAAAAGAAAUUGUUGAACACGUUGCUACAAUAGCAUUCCGGUGUAUUAACAAUGAACAAGAGAGCUGUAUCUUUUCGAAUUUAAAGAACGAGUUAAAGAAAAUCUGCCGAAACCACUCCGUAACUGUAUGGGACAAGACACGGGGGCGUGAUAGGUGCGAGAUAUGCUUGGUAAAUGAACCCAUAACAGUUUGUUUUGAUGGGCAUGACAUUGGGUCCAAAGAGCAAAAGGAUUGCCUUAGAAGAAUCAGAACGUGUUGCUCAUGCAUGAGGAAUUCAUACAUCAAUCCAAUAAAGUGUCAUACAUGUGGAGAGACAAUUAAACCUUUAAUAAACGACGACUGGGGUGCCAUAUUAGUACCUGGGUAUGAUGAUGAAUUAAACGAACUUUUCAAGAAGGACAUUACGAAAUUUGAACAAGUUAUCACAUCAAAGGUACUGCCCGCAAUGUGCAUGAGUUCCAGUAAUGUUUUUAUCUCUGAAAAUAAAGAACAAUUGGAUCGGGCCAUUGCUGAGCUUUCUGAAAAGGAUAUUGAAACUGUUAUGUUCGUAUACAUUGGACACACUGCUGGUUCCGGACUUCAAGUAGGCAAAGAUGAGUUUUAUUCGUUAAAUGCAUUAAGUGAAAAAUUUAAUGAGUGGAAGAUGAAGAAGCCACAUUUUGACAAAGUGAUAGCCUUUCUGGACUGCUGUUAUCCAGAAAAAAUGAAUUUAAAAGGACUCAAGUUAAUUCAGAUCAAUGCUACUGCUUCAAUGGAGACAAAAGUAGACAAAAUCCACGGAAAUCCGUUGUUAAAUUAUGUUAUGCAGGCAUUCACAGCGACCGCUUACGGUAAAGGCUGCAUACUUGAAGAUUGUGAAUGCAGCAAUAUUCUACAAGGAAGCUUUAUUACUCUGAAUGAUUUGUGGUUGUAUCUAAACGAACACACUAAACAUGAAGCAUCGACAUUUGACAUUCCAUUUAUGCAUACAGAACACAUUUCAUUGCAAGACACUAUCCUGGCAUAUAAUUGUCAUUUCAAAGUGCAGUUUGACUUCACAAUAGAGUACCCCGGAAAGAAUGAAAUUAAGAACAUGCAUGUACUUCUAUCAGAUUUCAACGACUCGUUCGAUCAACUGAAAUCGAUCGGAGCUGAGGAAGUUAUUAAACAUGUGUGUGACAUGAACUCAGAUAAAGGAAGCAUCAUAACUAAAGUUGCUGAUACCUUGAGUAUAGAUACCCUUACCGGACCAAGGAAACAGGACUUUCAAGAGAUAGACACUAUUGAGAAGCUGUCAUUAGUCUGGGCAUCGAAACGGUUUUUGAGAUUCAAGGCUCGUCAAUUGCACAACAUAAACGUGGAUAAACCUGUCGGUCGGUUAUUGAAGGGUGUCCCAGAUAUCAGGAACGUGCACCAGGCUGCACUAAAGAAGUGCGCUAUGAAGGACGGACAAUUGACAGACAUAAGAAAGUAUAGAGACCAGAUUGACAGGAACACAAAUGCUGAAUAUGUAUUUAUUCUAGAAAUGAUCAUAUAUACGACACAGUUACAAGGAAAUCGUUUGGAAAUAUCGUUCUUUGACCUGCCAAAUAACUUCACAUUCGUCCAUUUGAGUCUUGUUCCGGUCGCAGACAUUCCAAGGGAGUAGUUUCACUAUCGACAAUUGGAAGUUUUGCGCAUGUGAUAUUGUUUAAUUCAGUUCAGAAAAUGAUAUCUUAUAGAGAUCGACAUAUAUAUGUUUUAAUGUAUUUUAUAAUAUUGUGAAAUUACAGUGGACUGUGAAUCCGCAACGAACUAUUACUGUAUACUAUAUAGUUAACCAAGUUUUGUGAAAACUUCAUUUAGUUUGUAUAAAUUAAAUUGUACGCGUACACAUGCUCAUAUCCCAAUAUAAUUGUUAAUGAUCCGUUUUUCCUCUAAAUUAUGUGAAACCAGCUUUAGUUAUUGAAAAAGUAAAUGCUGUUCGGUAUGUAUUGUCCUAUAUUGUACAGGAAUGUUUUUAUUGAAAUUCGUAAAUUAAGACUAACCAGAAACAAAAUAUCUUUUUUACCCUGUAUUAACACCAAAAAAUAUAUGUUACUAUCACAACCUUGGAUACAUGUACAAUGUGGAAAUCUAGGUCGUAGCAUUUAUAUGUUGUUAUAAAGCUCAUCUGUUGGUACUUAUAUUGUUUUACUCAGUGAACGUGCUCUAAAUACACAACAUUCAAUUGUGUUGAAACUAGUAAAAAUCUCGGUUUUUGAAAUCGUUUGCUUCGAUAUGGAUUAAACUUAUGCUUCCUGAAACUUAAGUCUGAAUAAGAAAAUUUAGGGAAAAUUUGAAAACGAAAUUAAAAUUAAAUCUUUAAAAAAAUUUAUCUGAAAACAGCAUGUGUUUUAAAAAUAUAUACGUUAUUAUUAAACACAAUUCUAAAUGUACCAAAUGGUCAAUAAAACGUUACUAAAUAUCAUUAUAAGCAAAAUAUUGGAAUUCAUUACCAGCUGCAUCUAACUGAUAGAUACAUAUAUUAAAUCAUUACAACUGUUAGAAUAAUGCUUUUUUCAGCAGUUCAAUAAGUAACAAGUGAAUGUACACUUGGUUGGGAAUGUUUAUGAAACAAUUACUUUUGCGUAGGCUUAAGCUAAUGCAACAUGUGAUAUUUUAAGUAAUUAUAUCGAAUGACCCAUCACAAAUAUUUGUUUCAGAAUAUAUCAGCUUUACGUCACACACAGACUGACAUUUCAAUCGCAACGUAAUUAUAAUAUCUCUAUCACAUUGAAUUUUGGUCUAGAAAAUCCCGUUGUUAUUUCUAUUGACAGUUUUAUAUUUUGGGAAGCACUUCCUUUGCCAAGCUGUUAUGUCUUCAUUUCCGUUAAUUAUUUAGAACAAAAUACGGCAUGUUGGUAAUUGCGUGAAAAAAAUCUUAACGUUUUUCUAUUGACAACAUCAAACAUAAUUGUUAGAAUAUGGAUAAAACUGGAAAAAAGUUCUGAUUUGAUAUCCCCAUGUGUAGGCCCAUGCGUUUUAACAUUGAACAAACCAUGUAGCAUUUACUUAUAAUUUCUGCCCCAUAGUUGAAUGAUAUUUCCCAGAAAGGAUAACAAUCAUGGUGAUUGUAUUUAAACUUUAGCGUUUAUAUAAUAUACUAGAGUUGCGACACCUUAAGGGUUUCGCGGGAUGGAAUGAGUGGGGAGAUAAUUAAUAUACACUUUUCAGCUUUCCGGAAGCAAGGACCGUUUGGACAUGAAACACCAGCUUUCCAACACUAUGUGAUUCCAGUUCCAAAGCACAUACUGAAUUAGUUCCAUGAGAAGAAUUCCCAAUUUCGUACAAAACGGCAUAUCCCCCAAUCUCUCAGAAACAAACAGUGCUAAAACUAUUAUUUUAAGUAAUCAUUUACGAUUUAAGAUGUCCAUUCUCAGUUUGCUGUCUUAGUCUAGCCUAAAAUUAUACAUGCUUCUUGCGUAAUAGAAUUUUCAGAAACCUCGUUCUUUUAAAGAAAUUUUCAGAGUUAUUUGGUUAAGUUAGGGACAAAGUUGAGCAAAUAUCAUCAUUUUUUCUAAAACUAAAUCAUCCUAUGAAGCCCCCACUGGGAUUCAAACACAGACCUCUUUCCUCUGGGAAGGAAAGUAUUCUAUCUGGAAACACAAGGGCAUGUAAGAGGAAAAUUAGCAAUUUUAAACCUAUCAACAUAUAGAAUUAGACAAUAUUAAUAUGGUAUUAUAAUAUAAAAACAUCCCGUAAGUUAAUUUUUCACAUGACCUUUGAAACAAAACAGACAUCUCUGAAUCAGCGAUACAUUACAGUUGAAGUUUAAGACGUGUAAAGUACCUGUAUUCAAAUCUAAAAAUAUCCCAUGUUUUUGUUUAACUGUUAGUAUCCCAUUAAGAGGGCCAUUGGCCCUAACACGCUUACCUAAACUCCUAUGAAACUAAACUAGUAUCACAAGAAAUAGACCAAAAUAACAAAGUACUUUAUGAAACAUAAAUAUUUAAUUUCUUGACCCAUGGUUAUUUUUUAACUCGGCUGAGGUAUCGUUAGAAAAAAUGUUUUUUACCGAUGUUCAUGUAGACUACACAAUGAAAGUGACUUCAAUGGUAUAAACAUGUUUGUUUUACUUAAUCUAACAAGUGGCCUUUUUAACUUUUUUUGUUCACUAAGAGUUGUCAUAUCAUACCAUAUUUUAUUAAACGAGUUCAGGAAUGUUGUUAGUAAGCGAGCCUUUGGCGAGCUUACUAACGAAUUUCCUGGACGAGUUUAAUAAAAUAUUGUAUGAUAUGACAACUCGUGCCAGAUCUUUUUUAUCGCAUGCUUUUAAAUGAACAAAUUAAAUAAAUAUUUACGCGAACAUAAUGAUAAAUCCCGAAUAUUGUUUACAUUUCGUGACGUCAUAUGACGUUGCAACGUCAUUUCAGCAAAAUAACAAAAUGCGAUUGGUCAAUAAACGAAAACUAAGCCAAUGAAAACGCUUAGAAAUGUUGUAUAACACAUGUGUAAUAAAAAAAAAAUAUGUAAUGGUUUUAUUACAUUGGAAAAAGGGUAUGGCAUGUGAUAAAUUGCAAUAUUUGUAUUUGAAUACAGUUUUAGACAGUGUGUUAUCAUAAACUUCGGGGCAAAAAUGACUAUGAGUAAACACAUGAGUACAUAAUAUAUACUGAUACAUUGUGUCAAGAUCAUAACGGUUCUGUAUGGUAAUUCUUGACAUAAGUAUAAUACUAUUUAAUACAAUGAUAAACCUAGCAUGAUUUAACUAGAGAAUAUUUAGGUAGACAGCGGUCCAGCUGAUUUUUCAUUAUUCAAAGACACAUGUCUGUUUAAUUCAAUCAUCAAUGACAAGUUCAAUUCAUCAAACAUUACAUGGGAAUUUCGAUUCGAAAAUAUCCAUCUGGUUGAUAAAGUACGUAUUGUGGAUUGUGCAUUUUUAAACAUAUUUAAAAAGGUGUGCAUUCAGGGAACAUUUGGAACAUUUAAUUUCGCAAUAUUUUUACAUAUUCAAGUUUUUGUUGUUUUUAUUUUUGUGUUUCAGUUUUGUUGUAAAUAUAUAUUUUUCAUGACUAUUUAUUGUAUGCAUAAAAAGUCCUUACAAGCUCCAUUUCAUAUCUCGUUUCAAUAUAAGUUUGCAUUUAUAUACACGCGUACAGUACUUUGAUUUGAUACUCCCCAAAUGUUCCUUUUGAUAAAUGAAUACCUGUAUAUGUAUUUUUCAGAAAGCUUUUAAAUGACAACUAUACGAUUAUAUAAGCCUCGUACUAUCAGUUGGAUUUUGCAUCAUACUAUUAAUUAUUUGUAACGCUUUAUUUGUAAUAUGUCUAGUGUGUUUUGUAUAACAUUGCCUCUGCAUAAUAAUUUAACUAAGCUGAUUUGUAUAGAUGUCUCAUCAAUAUAGUUUGUGUUUAUAUGGUUUACUAGAUAGACUAUUUGCACACAAAAAACACGACCAAGUGUAUGUCUAAUU